UGAAUGUAAAUAAACUACAGAGGAAACGGGUGGGCGCUGUCUUCCCAUAUACAAACGAAAGACAAAGAACACUAAUGGAUUCCAAGCAACAACCUCCACCUGACUAUUCAGGUCAGCAACAAGGUGGACCUCCCCCAGGGCAAUAUGGACCUCCUCCAGGGCAAUAUGGACCUCCCCCAGGGCAAUAUGGACCUCCCCCAGGACAAUAUGGACCUCCCCCAGGGCAAUAUGGAGUACAGCCUGGUUAUGGACCACCACCUGGUCAGCCAUAUGGGCAGAACGUGCCCCCGCCCCCUCCAGGUCUGCAGAAUGUUCAGGUACAGCAGAUGUGGGCUGCCCGUCCUGAGCCCAUUCCAGGCUGUCCUCCUGGGCUAGAGUACUUGACAAUGGUGGAUCAGCUUCUUGUUAAACAGCAGAUUGAGCUUUUAGAGGUUUUCACAGGAUGGGAAACUGCAAACAAGUACAAGAUUGUAAACACAGGUGGACAACAAGUCUACUUCGCAGCUGAAGAAUCUGAUACCUGCACUCGCCAGUGUUGUGGUCCUAAUAGAAGUUUCACAAUGCACAUCACAGACAACAUGGGACAGGAGGUGAUCAGGGUUACACGAGAGUUUAAGUGUUGUGCUGGGUGCCCAUGGUGUGCCUGUAUUGACGCUCUGGCCCACGAGAUUACUAUUGAAGCACCACCCGGACAGGUGGUGGGAUAUGUCAAACAGGAACAGAGCUGGUGUCCACCAAGCUACUCGAUACAGGAUGCUAAUCGCCAGGAGAUCUUACGCAUCAGUGGACCUGUCUGCAUGAUUACAGGGCCAUGUUGUCCAAAUGACAUCGACUUUGAUGUCUUGGCUAAAGAUGGAAGCACACCGGUGGGAAAGAUCAGCAAGCAAUGGAGUGGAUUGAUGAGGGAGUAUUUCACUGAUGCUGACAACUUUGGAGUUUCUUUUCCAAUGGAUCUAGAUGUCAAGAUCAAGGCAGUGAUGGUUGGAGCAGUGUUCCUCAUUGACUUCAUGUACUUUGAGAACAACCAAAAUAACAAUAACCAUCAUCACUAGUGUUUGGGCAGGUUAAACACUAUACAAAUAGGGACAAAAUGUCCAGGAUGGAAACACUAUAGUGGAAACGAGAACAUGAAAUCCUAAAACCCAGGCUGGGCAAAACAGUUAUAACUUACAUAAAAAAAUGUGUAUAAUUUGGAGAUAUACAAACUAGGAGAAACAUAUUUAGUAAGAACUUAGUAGCAUUUUUAUCCUCUCUAUACUGUUUAGAAGUAAAUGUAGUUACAAUUUUUUUUUUAAAAAUUGAAUUUUAGAAAAAGUUAUGCAUGUAUUUUAGAAAUUAGCUGCAGUGUACAAUAUUGGCUUGUUUAAGUCAUUUUAUUAAGGAAGUACUGUAAAUGUAUUAUUCAUGAGGGUAGAGAAUGUUAAAAGAUUUAUCCAUGAUGUACCUCAAUAUUAUAUGAUUAGAGCAGUGUUCUAGUUUUUUUUACAUACAUGUAUAAUUGUAUAUACCGUUGUUUGACAUUAUUGUAUGACUCCUAAAUUUCAACUCUGAUUGGCUAAUAUCCCCCUACAUGGGAAUAAUAUUAUGCUUCCCUCACAUUCUGUUGAUAUCUUCAUCUUUUUUCAUUUGAUUAAAUGAAAAAACUGUUUUAAUAUGAUACAAUACAAUAGUUAGUGGCCUGUAUUUUGUCCAUCCAAUCAUUUAGCUACCUUCAGUGACCUCAUCCUUCAGAUUCAUUGAUUAUUCUCUUUCUCUAGUAACUAAUUAUAAAUGACUAUUUCUCAAACAAGUCAGUAUAAUAUUGGAGUAUUAUAUCAUAGUUUUAGGCAUACAGUAUAUUAACUGGGAAUUAAAUAUAGGAACUUUUGCUUGUGUUAAAGCUGAGCUAAACUUCCAGUAAUAUUGGUGCAUCUAAUUGGUGUUCAUUGUUAAGUAAGAACUUAUUAGUAAAGUUUCAACAGAAACUAAUGUUUAUAUGUUCAUUUUAGAAUUUUGUCUACUGUGGUUUAGCUUGAAAUCUUAUUUAAAUACAAUGUACUUAUCAGGACCAAAGAGCUAAAAAAAACAUCAAAGUAUUUCAUGUUGGCUUUGUUUGUUGUAUGAUUACGAUUUAAUCUUGAAUGUGAAAAAAUUAUAAAUGUUAGCCUGUUUCUUUUACGUAAUAGUUUAUAUAAACAUUCAUAAUUUCCAAAAAGACAUAUUUUCAAAUGAAUGAUUUGGGCUUAAUUCAAUGUUGACCAAAUGAAUUCAAUGUUGACCAAAUGAAUGUAAUUGUCAUUUUUACUGGUUUGUUUUCUACUCCACGUAUUUUAGCCUCCUUUAUAAAAGAGAUUUUGUAUGUGUUAUUCUGAAGUACAGCAUCCACUUCAUAUGUUUACUCUGAAACUAAGUUGAUUCAUUUUUUUUUAUCUUUCUCUGGAAUGAUUUCAAGAAAAAAUAAUAAAGAAAGGUACAAGUUUACAGCACGUGACAAAAUUAUCAGGGAUAUUCCAUGCAACAACCAAUUCAUUCUAAAUGCACCUUUCACAUGAAUACAUGCACAUAGUAUGCAUUUAAAUGUAACUGAGGAUUUUGUCUUUAUUGUCAUCCUUUUUUGUUAGAAAUCAAUGAAAAUGCCUUAAUAAAUGUACAAAGCCUUGAAAAAUACAUUCCUGGCAUGAUCUACAUCCCUUCCAUAAUUGGGACAUUAACUGUGAUUAACCUGUAUAAAUGAAUUUGUCACCUUUGUUUCAUGUGCUGUUGUGAAUUUUUUCUUUUAUUUUAUUUGGCAUGUCACCUUGUAUUUCCAUUCUUUAAUUGGAGUUUCUUAUUUCUUAACAUAAUUGAUAUACACUGUAUUCUAACAUAGAUAUUUGGUGUUUUGUAAAAAAAUAUUUUACUUUCUACUGUAUCAUGUGAAUUAACCCAGUAUUACUAAUGGCAUUAUUAUUUAUUGGUCUUUCAAAAUGCUGUAGCAAUGGGCUGUUAAUUAGUUAAUGAAUUUGUUAAAUUAUUGUCCACAUGUAAAGUCCCUAGCUUUAGUGUGUGAAAUCACUAUCAGGCUGAUUAACCACAAGAAAGGUAGCAAAAUGAUUAAUGCUGCUUUUGGCAAAUUUCAAAUUCACCAAAACCAUUAUUUACUGCAUCUGAUAAAAAUGAAUUUAGUCAUGAAUUUUUUUUUAUCUCUGAGAAAGUUUUUUAAAUGGUGAUCUACUUCAGAAUUAAUAUUGUAAAGGUUAUUCUUACUGUAUCAUAUAACAGGGUUUUAUUGUAUAUUGAACAUGUGUACCGGUAAUUGAUUUUUUCCCAAUUAUUUUGAUUUUAAAAUGCAUUAAUUGUGUAUUGGUAGAUUGAUAAUAUGAAUUGGAGUUUAUUUUAUUAGCUUUACUACAGUAGACCUUAAUUAAUUUAGUCUUUGUUGUUAAUAUAAAAGUUAUUUUAAAAAAAAUGCCUGCUCAUCUUUAUUCUUCAUUGCUAGUUUUUCUUACUGUUAACCAAAGUGACUAUACAGUUCUACUUUUCAGUUAUUUAUAAGGAAUGCUCUGAUUUGAAAUUGAUUGCACAAUCUGAAAUAUAUUAACUUAAUUUCAGGACUUGAUUAAAACUAAUAUGAUGUA